GAUGGCUGGAGCACCACCGCGCGAAGUCGUCAUCCUCGGCGCAGGCAUCGUCGGCCUGUGCACCGCCUUCUACACGCUCGACCUCUCGCCUCGUUCGACCCGGGUCACGCUCGUCGAGGCCGGCGCCGCCAUCGCCUCGGGCGCGAGCAGCCAGGCCGGCGGCUUCCUCGCGUUCGGCCCAGCGUGGCACGAGCCUCCGUCGCAGUCGCUCGCGCGCCUGUCGGGCGAGUGCCACGGCGAGCUCGCGGCGCGGCUUGACGGAGCGGCGAGGUUCGGGUACCGCGAGUGCUCGGCGAUUGGGCUCAACGUCGGCGGCGUCGACGAGGACCGGAGCAAGUACCGGACGCUGCCCGGUGGGCGCAAGGAGGGGCGUCAGGAGGGCGAGGCGGGCAGGCUGCCGAGGGGAGAGUGGGUCGAGGGCGACCUGGAGGUGCUCAGCACCGACGGCGGCGUCGCUCAGCUGGAUCCCGCCGAGUUCUGCGCGACCCUCCACGACCACCUCUCGACCGCUUUUCCCGGCCGGUUAAAGACGAUUUUCGGCCGCGCCACGUCCCUCUCGCCCCUCGACCCGUCAAACAGGCGCACGAUCACUAUCCUUCCACGAGCCGACCGUCCCUCGCCCUCAUCCUCUCGCCCGUCGACCUCGAUCCUCUCCCUGUCGGUCGACCGCCUCGUCGUGGCUGCCGGUCCUUGGUCGGCAGCCGUCCUCUCGACGCUCAACCUCCCGCCCGUACCUCUCACGAACCUUCCCGGCCACUCGCUCCUCAUCCGCCCCUCCCUCGCCGGCUUCACCCCUCGCCCCGGCUCCUCGUCGACCGCCCUCCCGCCCGAGGCCGUCUUUGCCGGCAUCUCGGGCGCCGUCGGCGGCGUGCACGCCUCAACGUCGGGCCUCGCGAGGGGCCUCACGCCCGACGAGAAGCGCGAGGGCUUUACGCGCAGCCCCGAGUUCUUCGUGCGCACCAACGGGCUCGUGUACGUCGCCGGCGAGAACUCGAUCCCCGAGACGAGGGCGCAGAGCGCCCGAGGGCUGCCCAACAAGCUGCCCGAGACGGUGGACGAGGUGAGGGGCAUGAUUGACGGCCGGCUCGUCGGCCGGUUGAAGAGGGCGGCGGGCGCGGUGAGCGCGCUUCUCAAGGAGGAGAACGGCGCCGUCGUCGAGAAGGAGCAGUUCUGCUACCGGCCCAUCUCGCCCGACCGCGAGCCCAUGAUCGGCCAGCUGUCGCCCUCGGACCCGACCGUCUACGUCUCGACGGCCAAAGGGCCCUGGGGCAUCACGCUCGCACCUGGGGCGGGCAAGGCCCUCGCGCAGGUCAUGCUCGGGCUCGAGCCGGGCGCCGACCUUGCGGGCCUGUCGCCGAGGAGGUUCGACGAAAAGGCGAAGCUGUAACAAAAUCUUCGAGCUC